AUGGCGCAGAAAGCGGCGGAGGAGAGGAAGGCGCAGGCGGCGAAGUCCGUCAAGGCACAGCUUGUGCGGCAGCCCUCCAAAGUGCUCGACAAGAAAAAGCAAGCGGCAAAUGAGAAACGCUUCUUAACCACGCUGCAACAGCGGUUGGAGCGGCGCAAGGCUCGGGUCGCGGCACUUGUCGAAAAGACCGCGAGGAUGGAAGCAGCAAAGGCGAAGGCAAAGGCGAAAGCCGAGGCGAAGAUGGAAGCGCUCGCUAAAGCCGAGGCGGCUGCCAAGGCGGAACAGCGCUUCGAGGAAGCCAUCCGCCGGCGCCAGGAGCAACGGGCUGCGCGCGUCAAGGUGCUCGUGAAGAAGCGCACAGAGGUAGCGACAGCGGAGGCAGAAGCCGCAACUGCCAGCCAGGAAAAUGAGUUCACCGCGGAGCUUAACCGGCUUAUGGAGGAGCGAGACGCACGCGUUAAGGCUAUCAUCGCGGAGCACAUGAACGCAGCAGAGGUCGCUGACAGCGAGAAGAAGGCGGAAACACCGGCGCGGGCACCGAAGGCAGCGGCGUCGACUAGUCGCAAGUCCCAGCGCAACGUGAACGCCAGCUCCACGACACUGCUGGAAACUUCUGAUGAUGCGACUGCGCCGGCAACGGUGCCGCGAAAAGCGGCGCCGACGGAAGUGAAGGCGGUAGAGGCACCUGCGAAGAAGCCUACCACGCCACGACGGCGGGGCCGACCUGCAUCAGCACCGCCGCACGUCCCCACGGAUGUGCCGAGUGCGGCAUCAGUGGAAGCCCUUGACGAGGCAGCGGCAGCAACGUCGGCAGUGCAGGAGGCAAGCGCGGCAGACGAAUUGCUACCUUCACCAUCACAGUCGCGUCGACUGGCAGCUGCCGACCUGGAGGAACUGGCAAGCGCGCAUGAAGAUUUUGUGGCGCACUUAGAGAAGGCGAAGGAACGCGCCACAGCACUACCGUCGACUCGUGUCGCACCAGUGCCGAGUGCCCUUGCUUCGUCAUCAGCAGCCCAGAGAACCUGGGUGAUAGCCGAGAAUCCAACAGGGUUAUUCCGCUUGUAG